AACCACGCUGAUUAAAAAGGGCCUCUUUUGUGAAGAAAUUUCCAGAAGAGAAGUUUAGACGUCGCUUGCACGAUCGCUUCUGUUGGGCUGCUGAGUACAUUACACAGAUUGGGAUUAUUGGAAUACUGCUUUCUGUAGCUCCGUUCAAUUGGAUUCUUUUAGUUGCUUGUCGGUUUUCACAAGAGGAUUUUGGAAUUUUGAAUCUUGAUGGCUGAGGAUAACACGGAUGAACUUGCGAGUCCAGUAACAAGUGUGAAGAAUGACUCUAUGGCUGAGGAUAGCACCGAUGAAUUAGUGAGUCCAGUAAUUAGUGUGAAGAAUGACUCUAUGGCUGAGGUUAACAUCGUUGAAUUAGUGAAUCCAGUAACUAGUGUUGAGAAUGACUCUGCUGGAAGUAAGCCAGAUAGAAUCAGCACAAGAAAACCAGGAUCUUUGUGUAACGAACACAAGGUUCUUCCCUGCUAUCGCAACUCCUCCUCUACUUCAUCUUACAAUGGAGGCAAUACAAGAAGGCAAUCAACUGGGAAGUUGCAUUCUCCUGACAGCGAACAAGAUGUUCUUCCUCAUUAUCUGAGAGCUUCCACUGGUUCUUGCCAUGACUUCUGUAAAUAUGGCAAGAAGCAUUCCUCUGAAGCGAAGCCAUGGCAUUCUCUAUCAAAAAGAAAGAACAAACUUCCUGCUGAUGAGCAGAGUCCUGCACGGACCUUGGUGGGAGAGGCAAAAAAAGGGACUUCGGUCAAGCUUAAGCCUUCCACUCCUCCAGGGAGUGUGCUGGGAGAGAAAAAGAAGGUGACUGGAGUUGAGAAAAAGCCUUCCACUCCUCCAGGGAGUAUGCUGAUAGAGGCAAAGAAGAGGAUUGUGGUCAAGCAAAAGACUUCCACUACUUCAGGUAGGAACCUGGGAGAGGCAAGGAAGGGGAUUUUGGUCAAGAAAAAGCCUCCCACUCCUCCAGGGAGUAGUAUGCUGGAAGAGGGAAAGAAGGUGAAUGUGGUAAAUCAAAAACCUUCAGCACCUCAGGAGAGUUUGCUCGAAGAUGAAAAGAAGGUGGCUGUGGUCGAGCAAAAGCCGCCUUCUCCUCCAGGUAGCAUACAGGGAGGGGUAGAUGAGGUGACUGUGGUUCAGCAAAAUUCUUCAGCUUCUCUGGAGAGUGUGGUAGGAGAGGGAGAAAAGGUGACUGCGGUUGAGCAAAAGCCUCCUACUCCUCCAGGGAGUAUGCCGGGAGAGGGAAAGAAAGUGACUGUGGUCAAUCAAAAACCAUCCGCUCCUCCAGAGAGUAUGCUAGGACAGGGAAAAAAGUUGAAUGUGGUCGAUCAAAGGCCUUCUUCCAAGGUUCACUCUCUUGAAACCUCUGAAAUGAUAAAGAAAAAGGCACCGCUACCACCAAAGAGUGUUCACUCUCUGAAAUUGGAUUCUUCAAGUGACAAGAUGCCAGAGACAGAGAAGAAAAUGAAAUAUGUUUUGGCAAAGCACUCUCCUCUUGGGCAGAUAAAGCUUAAAAUGGUAAAAUCUUCAUCUAAGAUCUUAGGAGGUGUAGAUGCAGGAGGCAGAAAAGUCAGUGCUGUUAAUUCUAGAAAACAAAUAAUUGGGUCUAAAGUAUCUGCAGAGAAGUCUUUGAAGACCCCAGCUGUUUCAUGUUCUCCAAAAUCUUCCUCUGUUAAACCUUUGAUCUUGAGGGCAAGAAACAAUAAAACCUUAAAACUGCUGACUCCUCUGAAGGACCAGAACAAGAUGAGGAGAGAUGGAACCAAUAAACUGAACCCUGAAAAGGUUCCUGAGAAAACCUUGCAUAUUAUCAAGGUGAAAGCACCACCAAAGUCUUUCUCCCAGUCACAGUCAUGUUCGUUGUCUAAUGAGAAAGAUAAAAAGGAAGUUGUUAAGUCUGCAGACUGUGCAUUGGGUAAAUACACCUCUAGCAGCAAAAAGUCAUUACACAUAGCAGAAGCAGAAACUGAUGGGAAAAAUCAGAAAAAGACAUUUAGAAAAGGCAAGACAGGUGUUUCUAAUGAUUAUAAUCCUUCGGUGGUGAAACUGAAAUUCAGGAGGGGUAAGGUAGUUGAUCUCCAGCAAGAAACCAGCAGCCCUAGGAGGCUGACAUUUAGAUGGGGACGACAUAUGGGGGAAAGCCGGGACAGCAAUAUAAGAAAGAGAAUCUUUAAAAAGAAAGGAGUUGAUGAUGACAGAAGUAAUACCAUCCAUACCUCCGGGAAAAUUGUUUUGAGGCAUCAGGAUGUGCAGGAAAAGAAAGAUGUGCAGGGUUUGUUGAAUAAUGUGAUUGAAGAGACGGCGAGUAAGCUUGUUGAAACCAGGAAGAGCAAGGUUAAAGCUUUGGUGGGAGCUUUUGAGACAGUGAUUUCCCUCCAAGAUAAACCUUCUACAGUCACAGUUUCUUGAUUAACAAACAGAAUUUUAUAACACAUAGGAGCAAUUGCAAAUAUAGUGUGGAUGAUAUAGCUUUUCUGACCUGGUUAAGUAUGUUUGUCGUGUUUCUCAUUCUGAUUCAUCUUCUUAACAAUUUCUUGAUGGCUUGCCGGUUCUUUUCUCUUGAUUGAAUAAAUUCAAUUUCAUCUGGAUGUAUCUACUUUGAAUUGGGAGAUAAAGUCGCGCAAGAUUGUGAGCUUUUUAUCACUUAUGGAGGCUGUAAUUGUGGUGUUAAAUCUGUGGGUGUUUGGUUAUAUAAAAAUUUCUAAUGUUGGGCUAGUUGCUCAGUGAGCAUAUAUUUCUGUUGGACUCAUUUUACGUGGGAUUUGUUCAUACUUUCUGUCGGAUAAGCUCAUUGAAGAAGAUAGAGCAUGUGAAAAUACUAUGCAAAAAGAGUUUUGGCUGUGGUACUGGUUUGACAUUAUGCUUGUAUACUGUUUGCUCUAAGCUGUUCUGAAAGGAAUCCGUCUAUUGGCUGCAAAAUUUACUGUUGGUUUUCGUCCUGCCAUAUAAUACAAUAAGAUAUAAGUAACAAUCACAUGCAAAUAUUGUAUUUCAAAUAACCAUGCAAUAUGUAACAACCACCCAAACAUGUUACUAUAUUAGAGCCCUCCUUUGUUGAAAA